AUGACGGACGUAGUGGCAGGAGUGGCCGGGAAGGCGGCCAUGAGCAUGUUCGGGCCUCACCCCAGCAUCACCAUCGUCACCUUCUGGCAGGGAAUCGUGGAGAUCGCGCUCCGAGGGGUGUGCGUGGUCAUUGCGUUCAUUUGCAUCAUAGCAGCCGCCGUGGCACUGGACGACUUGGACGACGAUGACUUGAAACGUCUCGAUGAAGCCGGCGGUAACGACCAGGACUGGGAGUGGGAGGACACUGGCAAGCUGGCCAGGAGUGCCUGCGGGUUCCUCAUCUUUCUCGCCAUCAUGGUCAUGAUCCUGGAGGGUGCCAUCAUUGCUCAGAGGUUUCUCAACUUUGGGAUCGUGGAGAGGUUCAACCUCAUCUUCAUCAUCGCGGAUAUUGUCAUCAGUGCGGUGUUUGCAUUCCUGUUCUUCUGUAUCGCCAUAUCCACUGCUGUCUACGGAGGCCGGUUCGGUGACUGGGAACGCGAAUUCAACAGCCUCGGCUUUCCAGAUAACAUCCUUGGCGAUUCAGCCGAACUCAACGAAGACAUGGGUGGAGUGUCUUUCUUCUGCUUUGCUGGGCUCCUGGUUUUUGCUGGUCUCAUUGCGUUCAUGGUCAUCUCCUUCUUGCUCAAGUGGCGGAACACGCAGGUCAAGUACGCGGCCACUCCUGGAGCACUUGGGGGAGGCACCGAAUGAUCCCGUCGUCCUCUGUUAUUACACACAGUUAUGUAGGCUUAAUAGCUAUUUUAUAAAUGUCGAUAUAGACACCCCGGAUUGAUUGUAUGCUGUACUUGUAAGGUGCACACAGUUGAAGUAUUGUAGUGUUUUGAUUGUACAUACGAGUGUAGGAGUGUUUUUGGACCACCUUCUGUACUACAUGAUUUGGUUUUUCAAUCGAAAGUGGAAAGCUUGCAAUAUGCUGCACCUUGGUCAGUGCUUAUAAAUC